AGGAGGCAGGUGGAGGAAGCCGCUCCGUGUCGCUGCUGCUUGCUGCCUCUGCUGCCCUUCAUAUGAAACACAAUCCCUCUGGGGAGGAAGAAACUCCGCGUUGAGACCAGGCAGGCAGGCAAACAUCAACUUAUUUCAUUAUCGCCCUGCUGCAGGAAGCGAGGAGGAAGCCAUUCUUAAGUGGGAUUUAGCGCCUCACGUUUGAUAGGAGCGACAAACCAGGAGAGGAUUUAAAAAAAAAAAAAAACUUCCUGAACGUGUUUCUGUAGGAGCGAGCUUGACAACCCCGUGAAUCGAGUUUACGGAGAAGUGCUCUCAUAUUUCACUUGUCUCUCAGCAGCAAGAAGACUUUUUUUUUUCCCCUGCUGCGGACAAAGCGGGGUUUGUGACUACGCUGACCACUAAUAUUUUGAGGAGCUCACUUUUAACAUUAUUUUUCUAUAGCUUCCAAAUAAAGAAAAGGAGUUGCACCUCAAGUCCGCCGCAAUGGGGGAGCAGCCGAUCUACACCACCAGGGCCCAUGUGUUCCAAAUCGAUCCAAGCACCAAGAAGAACUGGGUUCCUGCCAGCAAGCAGGCCGUCACCGUCUCUUAUUUUUACGACAGCACACGCAACAGCUAUCGCAUUAUCAGCGUGGAUGGAUCCAAGGUUAUUAUCAACAGCACAAUCACACCCAACAUGACUUUCACCAAGACGUCCCAGAAGUUUGGCCAGUGGGCUGACAGCAGGGCCAACACAGUGUUUGGACUGGGUUUUGCUUCAGAGCAACAGCUGACAAAGUUUGCUGAGAAGUUCCAGGAAGUAAAAGACGCAGCCAAGUUGGCAAAGGACAAAUCGCAAGAAAAGGGGGACACGCUGAGCAACCACUCCCAGCAGGAGUCUGGACGGGAGACUCCUUCAGCAAACCAGGCGCAGAGCUUUAAUGGGACAGAUGAUGAGAAAAUCUCCUUUAGUCCAGAGGCCGCUCAGCUGAAGAGUGAAAAUGAACGCCUCAAAAGCGUCGUGGAGCAGAGCAACACCACCGCUAAGAAGUACGAAACGGAGCUCCAGACUUUAAAGGAAAGUAAUGCCAGACUGGUGGAUUCACUGCAGGAGUCUUCAGCUAAUGUGGAAAGCUGGAAGAAGGAGCUUACGGCCUGUCAAGAAGGGAGCGACACUCUGAGGAAAAAGAUUGCAGAACUGGAGUCCGAGUGCAACGAAGCCAAUCAGGAAAAGCAGAAAAACGCCCAGCUGACCGUUCGGGUGAAGGAGCUGGAGGCAGAGCUGCAGGAGAAGGAGCAGGAGCUGGAGAAUCUGAGGAGGCAGGCGGAGAUAAUCCCUCAGUUGAUGGGAGAGUGUGAGAGCAUCACUGCAAAACUGAAGUGGUAACCGGACUUUCUGUAAAACCAGAAGAGCCAGGCUCAGUGAAUGACAGCAUGGGCUGCUGGUGCCAAGACUAACACGAGCCGCUCGCUGAUGCUGACGCUCAUUUCACCCUGUGCUGGCUGACUCAGAGCAGGAUGAUCAUCCAGACUGUCACGAAUGUGCUGCUUUUCAGUCGCAGCGUGGAGGAGAGUAAAGCCAACAGUGGCAUUCCUGUAGUUGCUUCACAUCACAAACUUCACCCCAGGACUGGAUUCUGCCAGCUGGGUGGAGAAUAAUGGCUGGAGCAGAUUAUCUAACCGGUUAUACAAACAGACACGACCCAUAGCUGGAUUCCUCAGAUAGCGCCGUCUGUUGAACUUUAAACCAAAACCUGAGGCAGGUUUCCUUUACAAAGUAAAUCCCUUUCACGCAUCAAAGUUUAAAAGCAUGAAAAUAAAGCGUCAGCCUCCUGGAGGUCAGUGUGGAGCUCCUCUAUUUAAAGCUGACCCCCUCGUGAGGAGAUCGACUUUCAGGAGUCAGCUGUAGGAUGCAGUCAUGCAGACGAACGUCCCAUUUGGCACCCCCUAUUUUAAUCUCCUCCCUUCAAAAGCAUUUGUGGCAUUAAUGUGUUGCCUGUUUCCAAACCUGAUUUACACCACCAUCCUCGCACUCUAAACACAAGUCCUUCCUGCUACUCUGCUUUUCAGAUCAAAAGGAAAUUCAUGUGUUCAUUCAUGCAUUUAGGGAAUUGAGAAGAAGACGUCACGUUGCCUUGGAAACGUUUACACACCACGUUCACAUUUUGUCAUGGUAGAACUACAAACUUCAGUGUAUUUUAUUGUGAUUUUAUGUAUAAGAAAAUGGCUGAUUUUAUUAUUAUUUCUACGAGAGCUAUUCUUAGUAAUACUGUCACCUGUAGGAAUAUUGUAGGCACAUUAUUGAAUGUACUUAGUUAAUACAGAACUUGAGUAAAACGAAUGAACGUAUAUUGAUAUGAUACUUAGAAAUAAGAAGGGAUCAUAAUUGUGAUGUUGCCUCAGAAGGAGUCAGUUUUAAAAAGUUUACAUUUCUACCAACUCAUCUUGACAUUUUACCACUUAACUGUAUCACUGUCAUUUUAUUUGGACAUUCAAAAUAUGACAUGCCUAUUCUUAUGUGUUAGACCAAAACAAGGUGAUUAUAUAACUAUAAAGUGGAAUUUCUUUUACAAAUCUGAUUGUAUUCGGCCAGAGGAAAACCUGUUGGAGGGAGAAAAGACGUUAAACUGGGAUUCAGGUUCACCUUCCAGCAGGACCACAACCAUAACUAUUCAGCCAGAGCUGCAGUGGAAUAAUUUGGAUCGAUUAAUGUCCAUGUGUUAGAGCGGCUCAGUCAAAGUCCAGGCCUAAGACCUAUUGUGAAUCUGAUAAUUGUAUAACUAAUCUGAUACUUGUUAUCUGAUCUUGGUCUCUGGAUAUGGAAAAGAUUCUUGCAAAAUCUCCUGACCUUUUCAGAUUUUCACUUUGGAAAACUAUAUUCACUUUCCCUCCACAUAUCUGCACUGCUUUGUCGGUCCAUCACACAAAAUUGCAAUAAAACAUAUUGAAGUUUGUGUUUGUAACUCGAGGGGCAUGAAAACUUUUUUCCACUCUGCAUUGAAGGGCAACAUCCCCUGAGCGGUUUCUUCGUUUGGCGUCUCUAAAACUGGACAUCAAAGAAAUCCAUCUACUUCUGUAUCAGAUCUGAUCUUUGAGUCACAUUUGGACUUUUUUCCUUUUCUGUAUUGUAACUACUUUUCCACUAUCUGCC